AUGCGGAAAACGUCCUAUGUUGUGACUUUUUUUGCAGUCAUAGUCAGCUUGGUUUUAAAUUUACUUUCCCUGCGUCGGGUGGACUGGCUGGUCGUCAAAACACCCGAGGUUCUCCGCACAACAAUUACCUUUCAAUAUGGUCUUACCCAGCUCUGUGAAUACAAAGUCGUCAACAUUCCAGGAGGCGGAGAGAAUGGCAAGUUCUCUUAUACCGAUUACAGCUGCCGCAAGUUCCCCAUGCGAGUGAAGGAUGCUUGUGAAAAGGAGAACGAGUCUUUUUGCACGGCCUGGAUUAGUGCUAGAUAUGCUGUUGAGCUUGGAGCUGGCUUUGCAGUCUUAUCGUUAUUCGCGAUCCUCGUCGGCGUCAGUACAGGUUCCCGAAGAAGGAGAAUUUGGAAGGCUGUUGCUGGACUCGUUAUGCUUCAUGCUACUUUUGGAAUUGUUGCUUUCGCGAUUGUAACCGACAGUAAACGUACUGGUACAUACCGGGGCACCUUCGAUGAAGCGUACUUUGGCGUUGGAUACGGCUUAAACACGGCGUCCUGGGUACUCUCGGUUUUCGUUGCCCUCGGAGUUCUGGCGACUGGUAUCGCGGCUGACUUGGGGCACAAGUGGGCCGCAGGAAACCGCGCUUAUCGUCGUAUAGACGGCUGA